AUGGACCGCCAUUUGAUCUUUCCCCCCGGCUAUAAGCCAACGAAAGGACCUCCAGAUGCAGAUGUCGGCCCAAACGUUACUGUACCUGGAACAGGGAUCGCGCUCAAUACGCCCGAGGCUAUUGACGCAUGGAUUGCAGAGCGGAAGCGCAACUGGCCAACGGCAGCUAGAAUUGCAGAAAAGCAAAAAAGACGCGCCGAAGCGAUCGAGCGUGGCGAGCUGGAACCGUCGCGAAAACGGAUGCGUCCCAAUGAUGAACCUGAAAUAGCGUCGUUGAGAAGCGGUCGCAAUAUACGGAGUCGUGGUAGGGGACGAAGCAGAGGCUGGGGACCAUCGACUUCGACCAACUUCCAACAGGCUCAAUCCCGUGUGGCAGGCAAGGUCAUCAGCCUAGAAGACAGUGAUGGAGAGACGGAUUCCUCGUCAAACUCGGAUGUAGACCCUGUGCGAGAUGCCAUCUCAUCCAAACUCGCUCUUGCGCAAGUCGAGUCUGAUGGGGAUGCGCAAGUAGAAACCGUCGAUGCAAAUGAACUUCAUCAAGACCCCAUCACGAAAUCAUUUCGGAGACCUCCUACAAAGGAGCCACCUCGGAGAGCUCACAAUCCGUUGGUAGACCGACCGUCAUUCCUACGAAAGCUCCUCCUUCCGGAGAUUCGACAUACGGUAUCGAAUUUGUCGCAAGCUAUUCGAUUCAUCGUGGAUAACGACAUGUUCGAAGGGGUAGAAAUCGAACCGGGAGAAGGAGAGCGGAUGCUCAUCUCAGAACUGACUCACGAGGCAGGCACCACGGUUUCAAAUCAAAACCAGUCAAAUUCAUAG